AUGGCGCUGGGGGAGCCGGGCCCGGGCCCCGAGCGCGCCCUGCGGGAGGCGGCCGCGGCGCUGGAGCGGGGCGGCGCGGGGACGGAGGAGGCGCUGGGCGCGGUGCUGGCGGCCGUGGCGGCGGCGGGGGGCCCGGCCGCCCUGGGGGAGCGGGAGCGGGCGCUGUUCGGCGCCCUCCUGCGGAGCCUGGCGCGGGCGGCCGGCGCGGCGCGGCCCGCGGGCGUGUGGCAGCGCUGCUUCCUCGCCGGCCCGCCCGGCCUCGCCCUCUGCGUCUUGCUGGAAGCCCUCGCCGCCCCGCGCGCCGGCCUUGAGCCCCGGGAGGCGGUGGAGGUGCUGGAGCGGUUCCUGCAGGAGGGGCGGCUCUCGGCGCUGCUCUGGGACGUGUGUCAGCAGCCGGCGCAGGCGGCAUCGCCCGAGCUGCAGGAGGCUCUGCUCAGCAGCAUCGUCUGUUUGCCCGAUCGUGUGAGCAAUACGCUCCAGGGGAAAAACCCAGCAGUGUUCUUCCCGCAGAACUACUUUCCUCUCCUGGGGGCUGCAAUUAUCCAGGUGCUGCAGAAGAUCUCUGAGUCUCUGCGAGGUGGCUUGGAUUGCUCCAUCUCUUUUGUCUCUCAUGUCCUGGGGAAGGUGUGUGUUCAUGGAAGACAAAGGGAACUCCUGAGCGUGCUGGUGCCUCAGCUCACGGAUCUCACCAGGUCAGACUGCAUCUGGCAAAGGAUGUGCUGGCGGCUGGUCGAGUGUGUGCCAGACCGCUGGAUGGAAGCAGUGCUCCUGGGCUUUGUGCACAGUGCACCAGGGCCAGAUGUCUUGUCCAGGCUGCUGGGGAACCUGGUUGUGAAAAACAAGAAAGCUCAGUUUGUGGUGACACAGAAGGUGCUGCUCCUGCAGUAUUGCCAUGGGACUGCAGUGCUGCAGAACCUCCUUGGCUACCUGUCCCUGGAUGGCCCCCGGCGUGCCUUGUUGAUCAAGGUGCUGCAAGAGCUGUUGGAGACCUGGAGCAGCAGCAGUGCUGUGAAACACUCUCCUCCUGAGCAGCAGCAGUAUAUUAGCAAGGCCAUCCUCAUCUGCCUCUCCCACCUGAAGGAGCCUGAGAUCGAGAGCUGCAGACAAGAGCUGCUCAGCAGCAUGCUAGAGGGUGUGAAGUGCCACCUGGACAGCAGCCUGCCCCACGUGCGGCGCCUGGGCAUGGUUGUGGCAGAGAGCAUUAGUUCCAGAGUAAACACUGAUGGGCCUGUCCUCAAGUUUCAGUAUGAAGAAGAUGAUGAAGUAAGAGAAUUGAAGUCCCUUCUGGUGCAGACUCCAGCACUCUGUGUUGUCUCCAGCCUUCCAGAGGAUGGCAAGAGUGAGAAAGCAGAUGCUGCACAGCCAUUGGUGUUGGAAAGCAACGAGAAGUCCCACUCAGCAGCCUCUGUGAUGCCAGCUGAGGAGUCAGAUGCUGAGCUUGACAGUGAUGAUGACCUCAUCCCCUAUGACAUGUCAGGUGAUAAAGAACUGAAGGCCAAGGCUCCUGUGUACAUCCGAGACUGUAUUGAAGUCCUGACAGGAUCUGAGGAGGAUGUGGACAAAUGGGAAGCUACAGUCAAGGCUCUUGAGAGCUUGGUCCGAAAGAAUCCGGCAGCAACCAGAGAGGUUAGUGUGGAGCUGGCAAAAAUCCUUCUGCACCUGGAGGAGAAGACCUUUGUUGAAGGAUUUGUGGAGCUCCGACAGAGAGCUCAAGUGGCUGUUUUGACCACAGACCCAAUACCUGUAGCAAAGUACUUGACCUCCCAGUUCUACUCCCUGAACUACAGCCUCCGCCAGCGCAUGGACGUGCUCGACGUGUUGGUUUUGGCAGCUCAGGAGCUGUCCUAUCCCAAAUCCCAUGGGAAGACCAAGCAGCCUGAUGCCCAAAAACCUUGUAUCCAAGUCCUUCCUGCAAGUGAUAGCCCCAAGGACUGGAGAAGAAUCGUUGAUGAGAGGAUCAAGAGCAAGACUCGGAGAUUUGCUACGGGUCAGUCUCAAGUGGAACAGACUUUCAGCCCCAAUGAGUUCAAUUCUGUUGCUGGACACUUCUUUUUUCCCUUGAUUCAGCACUUUGACAGGCCUUUGACAACAUUUGAUCUCCUGGGGGAAGACCACUUGGUCCUUGGAAGACUGGUGCACACUUUAGCUGUUCUGAUGUACUUGGCUGUCAACACUGUGGCAGCCCCUGCCAUGGGGAAGGCACUGCUGGAGUUUGGCUGGGCCCUGCGCUUCCACACCGACCCGUACGUGCGCCAGGGGCUCCUGUCCUGCAUCUCCUCCGUGCUCCUCAGCGUCCCUGCGCAGCGCCUGCUGGAAGAUGUGGCAGAGGAGCUGCUGGAGACUCAGUCCUGGCUGGGAGAUGUGCUGGAGAAAGACCCAGAUGGGGACUGCAGGAGGCUGGCCUUGCAGAACUUGCUCCUCAUGGAGAACCUGAAAAAGAAACUCGAAUCUGCCCCUUCCUAGCUGAAAGGGGAGGAGAGGAGCUGAACGUCCCGCCCGGAGCCAGGCAAGCGAAGCCCCGUGGCAGCAGCGGCCGUACCUGGGCACAUGCAUCGUAGAAACCUGCCAGCAGGUCCAGGGCCUUUCCUUUGGUGUAGAAGCUGAUGAUGUUCUUCAUAAUCUCAGGCUCCUUCUGCCAGUCCAGUGACUGGAGGUAGUUGGCUGCCAUGAUGUAAAUCUCCCUCUGUCUGGACACCCCGGCAAAGAAGACGAUUUUCUCGGUGUCGCCGGAUUUCAGCAGCGCCCUCAUAGCCUGGAGAAGGACAAGGGGGGGCACAGGGGGGAAAGCAUCACUGGGAAUGCAAAGCCAAGUCGUGCUCAGGUGUCUCAGAAGCCCCAGCUGCUCGGGCUAACUGCAGGAAGGCUCUUCCAAGAGCUUCUCAGAACACCCUUGCCAUGAGAAACCUUAGGGAGGUCACAGGCUCAUCCCCUUUAGCUUUUAUUGUCCCCUCUGUGUCCAGGCUGACCUUUAGCUUGUUUCCUGCCUGUGUGUAUUUCUUGGUGGCCAUGUGGUAGCUGCCUUGUCUCAUGCAGCAAUCAGCAAUUUGCUCCAGCAGCUCUCGCCGAGACUCCUCGGACAGCUCAGGCGAGUCCUUCCCCACCGUCAUCUUCUCAGCCAUGUCCUCUGUGAUGGGCAGGUUCUGCCUCAGGCACAGCUGCAGAGCUUCGUGGUACUAAGGGAAGGGAGAAAGCAAGGACAUGGUGAAAACACUGCAGUGCUGCUUCUCCUUGCUGUGGUGGGACCUAGGGCUGCUCUGCUCUGUGAGGGUUGUGCCCUUCAGCGUGCUGCAUCAGCUCCUCUCCCAGGACACACGCUCUCGUUUUCCCCCCUGGGAGCUGUUUGAAGCCCCAUGAAAUGAAAACUCUUUAACAUGGGUUGUUCCUGAGAUCUGCCACAGCCUGAGGAAGGCUCCUCUGCCUUCUGCCUCUCCAGGAAGACACUGGUUCCUCACCUGCUCUCAGAGGACACCGAGACAAGAGAUCAAUGCAUUUUAUCUCCUUGGAUGUGACCUUCUCAGGGACCAGAGACACACUCCUUAGGCCUGGAGAUGCUGUUCAGCUUCUCAGCAAGUACCAGUCAAACCAAUACAAGCAGAUGAAAGAGCUUUGUUAAA